AUGCUCUUUAGCGAACGCCUCAUCGCCGGCGCCGGCGCCCGCGGUGUCGCGCAGACGAUGCUGCACCCGAUCGACGUCCUGCGCACACGGCUGCAGGCCAAGGGGGUGGCGGUCACGCUCAACGCCGAGACGUUCGCCAAGGGCGUGGCACCGCAGUUCUUCCUCGCCUUCCCGGCGGGCGCCACCCAGUUUGCCGCCUUUGAGUGGGCAAAGGAGCGCUUUGCCGCCGCCGGCAUGAAGGGCAGCUUCGCCGAGCUCUCGUGCGGAGCGAUCGGCGCGAUCGCCGCGUCGGUGAUCCGGGUGCCGCAGGAGGUGAUCAAGCAGCGCGUGCAGGCGGACAUCUACCCCAACGCGCUGGUCGGCGUCUCAAAGUGCUUUGCGACGGACGGCAUCGCCGGCUUCUACAAGGGCUACUUCGCGACCGUCUCGCGGGAUGUGCCGUGGAACGCGCUCUCCUUCAUGUUCUUCGCGCAGGCGAAGAAGGCGUACAAGCUCUUUACUGGCCGCACGCCUGAGGGCCAGGAGAACCUCAUGCUCGGCGCCGCCGCGGGCAUGACUGCCGCCGUCAUCAUGACUCCGAUCGACGUGGUGAAGACGCGCCUGAUGACCGGCGGCGCGAGCGGCGGGAUCAUCGGCGUGAUGAAGUCGAUCAUCGCCGAUGAGGGCGCGGCCACGCUGAUGAAGGGCGUCCUCCCGCGCGUCGCCUUCCUCGCGCCGCUCGCCGCCCUCACCCUCUCCCUCUACGAGGUGUUUGGAAAGAUGCUGGUCUCCUCGCGGCUCGAGAUCGCGUCGAGCGAGCUCUGA